AUGAAGUGGCCGACGUUCGUAGAGCCAGCAUUUAACCCUCUUUCGCGGCUGCAUCUUUCUUCGCUAAAGGAUAACAUGAUGAACCAUCCUUCGAUGGGCUAUUUUAUGAAUGCUUCUGAUGAGGCUAAGUUCGAUUUCCCCAAAUGGUCACAUCAGGGAGCUAAAAAGAAAAACCCCCGCAGAAGCAAUUUCAAUCAAAUGACGCAGGGAAAAAUCUUGCUACAGCUUAAGGAAAAUGUUCACGGGGAAAGACCAGCUGGUACUGUUAAUGCAAAGCACAAUUUUGCUGGUAAAACUAUGUUGAAGCUAAAACCAAAAAAUCUGAUGCCAGAAAAGCUUGACACGGAAUCAAAAAGCGGCGCUCCAGAAAUUGGCCCUCAAGAAUGUAGUGAAGAGCAAAUGACGACUGAAAAAAUAUUGCUUCAAAUGAAAGAACCUCAGCAGCAAAAGAUUAUGAACUAUUUUAUGCCUACGAAGCAAGGUAAGCCUUCAUUUGGCCAUACCGAGCCCUGUCAUAUCAAUUGCGGAAAAGUGCUCCUGGAUCGCCGUGAAUCUCGUGGAACGAAGUAUUUUGUGGAGCAGAAAGUUGAUGUCAAGCAGCAAUGGACUCCGAAUGGCGCUAUGUUUGGAAAUGGUGACGGAUUUGCUUUGUCUGAACACACAACGAAUAAGCUUGGAUUGCAAGACAAGCCUCUUUAUGAGCGCCGCCAUAAUACAAUCGAGCCAUUGUCAGCUUAUGCAACGAUCACUAAAAGAAAUUUUGUGCCUCGUCCUUCUCCAAAUCCAUUCUUUCUUACGCCAACGCGUACUCGACAAGCUUUUGCCGGAAAUCAUAUUGAAGAUUGGUCUGAUCAACAUAUCUUUGAACGUCGUGGUUGCAAAAUCACCACAUUGACCUUGCUUCAGACGCCCAAUCGUCCCUGCAUGCCAUAUGCUGGUCGAGACUCGCCUCAUAGUCCGAUCGUCAAGGCUCGUUUUAGCCCACAGUUUGUCAGGGCUCAACAAAGCAGCUCUCCAUCUUGGCUUCUGGCCCAAAACGUUGCUGAGUUUGCUCUUGAGUCGCCUCAAUCUUUGAGGGGUUUUGGAUCUCCUGCUAAUCGACGGGCAAAUAACUUUUUCCAC